AUGUUUGAUUGCCAUAUCAAUGUCGAGAUAUGUUCUACAAUUAAAGCUGUCAAGUAUCUCUACAAAUACAUUUAUAAAGGCCAUGAUCGUGUUGCAUUCAAUUUAGUUCCUGAACAAAGCAUUCAUCAAAUUGACGAAAUUGAACGAUUUCAAUCAGCUCGAUGGAUUGCCCCACCAGAGGCAAUGUGGAGAAUAUUUGGAUUUAUUGUCAAUGAAGUUCAUCCUGCAGUUUAUAGUCUACAUUUACAUCUUGAAAAUCAACACCAGGUGACUUUCCGUGCUCAUGAAAACUUAACAAAUGUGAUGAACUCUGAUCUUUCAGCAAAAUCAAUGCUAACAGAAUUCUUCGCAACAAAUCAAGUUGAUCAAAAUGCAAGAAAAUUAUUAUAUAGAGAAUUCCCUGAAUUCUAUGUUUGGAGUCAGCAAUACAAAAUGUGGACUGUUCGAAAGAAACAAAUUGUGAUAGGUCGAAUUGUUACAGCAAAUCCUUUUGAAGGAGAAAGGUAUUAUCUGCGAAUAUUAUUAAAUCAUAUAAGAGGUCCUCUAUCAUUUCAACAUCUUAAGACUGUAAAUGGUAUUUUGGCUCCCACAUUUCGAGAGGCAGCAACCAUGCAUGGUUUAUUGGAAAGAGAUAAUAGCUUGGAAGAAUGCUUAUAUGAAGCCUCUUUUUAUCAAAUGCCUUUCAGUUUAAGAAGACUAUUCGCAACAAUUUUGGUUUAUUGCAAUCCAACAAAUCCAAGAGAUCUUUGGGAACGCUUUGAACGAGAUAUGUCUGCUGAUUUCCAAUUAAUUGGAUGUUCUUCAUCAAAUGUUAGAACUGAAACUUUACACUCUAUCUCCACAAUCCUUGAAUCAAUGGGUAAAGACAUUAAUUCCUUCCAUCUUAUUGACCAAAACAUUGAUUUUGAUGAAGAUGGAUUUCUAUCUAGAGAAAUUGACGACGAAUUGGCUAUUCCAAUACCAGAAGAAGAUCUUCAUGCAUCAACACUGCUUAACAGCGAACAACAACAUGCUUACAAUUCAAUCUUGCAAAAAGUUUUAUCAAAUCAAGCUGCUGCAUUCUUUAUUGAUGGUCCUGGUGGAACAGGAAAAACAUUUUUAUACAAGGCACUCCUUGCUACAAUAAGAAAAAAACAACUAAUUGCUCUUGCAACUGCUUCAUCUGGUGUUGCAGCAUCAAUCUUACCUGGCGGUCGAACUGCACAUUCACGAUUCAAAAUUCCAUUAAAUGUCGACAAAAAUUCAACAUGCAGUGUCAGUAAACAAAGUGGACUUGCAAGAUUACUACAAACAGCGAAGUUGAUUAUAUGGGAUGAAGCUCCAAUGUCUAAAAAAGAAUCCAUAGAAGCAUUAGAUAAAAUGCUAAAAGAUAUUAAUGAUUCAGAAUUAUCUUUUGGUGGAAAAGUUAUUGUCUUUGGUGGAGAUUUUCAUCAAAUUCUACCUGUGGUCCCAAAAGGAACAAGACAACAACAAAUUGAUGCUAGCUUGGUUUCUUCCUACAUAUGGCCUAAAUUGACAAAAAUUUAUUUGACUGAAAAUAUGCGAGCAAGACUAGAUCCAAACUUUUCAAGAUACAUAUUGGAUUUAGGGAAUGGGCUACCACCAAUUACAAUUAAUGAACAUGUCAAGAUUCCUACAGCCAUGUUAAUUCCACAUGAAAAUGAUGCUGCUUCUUUGGAUCGUUUAAUAGAUGCUGUGUUUCAUGAUAUUUCUGACUAUUCAACAAAUAUUUCAAACAUGAUGAAUCGAGCUAUAUUGACACCAAAGAACAAUUAUGUUGAAGAAAUAAACACUUUGCUGAUCCAAAGAUUUCCUGGGGAGUUAAAACAAUAUUACAGUUUUGAUGAAUCAAUUGAUGCAUCUGAGCAGGCAAUCAUGGAAGACUUCUUACAUACUUUAACACCAAAUGGACUUCCUCCACAUGAGUUACUAUUGAAAGAAAAUUGCCCAAUCAUGUUAUUAAGAAACAUCAAUCCUUCAGAAGGACUAUGCAAUGGAACACGGCUAAUCUGUCGCAAUUUUGAUCGUAAUGUUAUUCACGCAGAAAUUGUAGUUGGUCAUCACAGCGGGAAAAAAGUUUUUAUUCCAAGAAUUCCAUUUUUACCAAGUCCUGAUGAAAACAGCGGUUUUCCAUUCAAGCGAACUCAAUUCCCUGUUAAACUAAGCUUUGCAAUGAGUAUAAACAAAUCACAAGGACAGACAUUGGAUUUUGUUGGAAUAUACUUACCUCAUCCAGUCUUUUCACAUGGACAAUUAUAUGUAGCUUUAUCAAGAGCUAAGACUAUUUCUGCAGUCAAGAUUUUGAUACGACCAAUCUCAACUGAUCAACCAGAAAAAAACUACACAAAAAAUAUUGUCUACACAGAAGUAUUAACAUUAGCCUCCUCUGAUUGA